GAAGAUGAAUCCCUGCAGUCACGAAAACUUUAAAUCGAAAUAAAACUGAAAACUAUUAACAAGGAUUCAUGUCUGCAUUAACCACAAUACUUGUAGUCUAAAUGGAAAACAAAAAACACACUCUGAUAAUAUAUGCAUUGUCCUUAAAACUGAUUGGUCCACACCAAGGGAUGGCUUUCUUUAAUUAAUAAGUUUCAAGAACAAUGCAUAUAUUAUCAUGGUGUGUGUUUUUUGUUUGCAUUUUGACUGCAAGUAUUGUGGUUAAUGCAGACAUUAAUCUUUGUUAAAAGGUUUCAGUUUUGUUGCCAGAAAAAGGGGGAAAACCCCUAUUAUUAUUAUACUGUGGCUGCGAGCCAGACGCCACCUACUCUGGUCGACCUGCGAAACAGAAUGUUCGGUGAGAAUUUAAGCAACGAUCGUCACCAUGAGGGUCCCCCAUUGCUUUUGGGUGCUUUCCAUUCGGAGUUGGCAAGCGAUGCUAGAUUGCCGUGAUAAGUCUCUUCACUUUAUAAGAAGCACACUGAAGGCUGCCAUGGUGGCUGUGGCUGUUGGUGGUGGUGGUGGCGGUAGCGGUGGCGACGGAGCGUCUGUCCCCGGCUCCGAUACGACGCGACCGAUCGCCGCAGCUGCAGCCUCCUUCACGAUGGCCACCUGCAAGGAGGUGAGCUGCGUCAUCCCGCCCGACUUCGGCACGGUGAUGUUCCCCGUCAUCUACUCCAUCGUCUUCAUCGUCGGCAUCAUGGGCAACGUCGUGGCCGCCUUCCUGGUGCGCCUCUACGUCAAGCAGAAGAACGUGCUGGGCGUCUACCUCCUCAACCUGUGCAUCUCCGACGUGCUGUACCUCGCCACGCUGCCCGUGUGGAUCGCGUACACCUCCAACGAGGAGUCGUGGACGUACGGCGAGGGGGCCUGCAAGGCGGUGGGGUUCUUCUUCUACACCAACAACUACAGCACCAUUAUCUUCCUGUCGUGCAUCGCCCUCGACCGAUUCCUCGCCGUCGUCUACCCGCUGCACUCGCUCGGCCUGCGGCGGAUGCGCACCGCGUGGGGCGUCUGCGCCGUCGUCUGGAUCCUCAUGCUCGUCACCAACUUGCCGCUGCUGUUGCACCCGCAGCUCUUCAAGGACAGCCACAGCCGCUCGCUCUGCUACGAGCGUUACCCGAUGGAGCGCUGGGUAGCGCAGCUCUCCUACUUCCGUGUGUUCGUCGCCUUCCUGCUGCCCUUCGUCAUCACCGUCGGCUGCUACGGCUACAUCAUCCGCACGGUGCACCGCUGCGCCUCCGUCGAGCGCCGGCGCAAGCGCAAGAUCAUCUGCCUCGUGGUCGUCAUCAUCACCAUCUUCGUCGUCUCCUUCCUUCCGUACCACGUGCUGCUGCUGGUGCGGGCCAUCGCCAGCGACGUGACGGAGGGCUGCAGCUGCGACUUCGAGAUCAAGGUGCGCAAGGCGUACCGCGUCGCCUUCGCGCUCACCUGCCUCAACAGCGCGCUCGACCCCAUCCUCAACAUCUUCGUGUCGGAGAACUUCCGCGAGGACCUGCGCAAGGCCGUGGCGCCGCUGCGGGCCUGCCUGCGCGCCGCCUCCUGCGGCAGGUGGCCGCAGGAGCCCCUGCGGCGACAGUCGGCCACCACGGGUACCGGCACCGUGCGCAACUCGAGGGUUCCGCUGUUCAAGACGUCCCUGAACCAGGGCUCCGCCACCACGACGGUGCUGUAGCCUCGGCGCCGUAGCGGUGGUGUCGUGGCAGCAGCCGGGCGGGUUGCGCGAACGUCGACGGGUAACGUCACGGUCGUUACCGCUUCCAAGCGCACACGGCGGCUCGGUGCGGGAUGCCAUCGGCAGGCUGCCGAUCGCAAACAGUACGGCACGCAACGUCGACGAGUUAAUCGGUGCCAACACGGAAUAUAAAACUAGGUUUUUUUUACAAAGCAGGAGAGAACACCACGUGACCACAUGACCCCCCCCUCCACAAAUUGUUUUGUGCAGUGGUGAGUGGGGGGAGGAGGAGGCCGGGAGUGACAAGCCAUGUGCUCGUGUCCUCCUUCUCACCCCCUUCGAUAUUUUUCCUUCACACGUGCCCACCCCCCCGCCCUCCACACACCACGAUAAAUUUGAAUUCAUCCUCGCGCACCGCUCUCUCGCGCGAGGCGGUUGCCCCGCUGCUCCUCUGCGAGCGUUCCGAAUCGUCGGAUCUCGUGCCGCGUGACGCCGAUAACACUGGUCAACACACUUUUUCUGGCAUAAGGUAUUCCGACGGUUAUAAGGUAAUUUAGGGGUGCUGAUUCCAAAUCUGGUAUCAGUUUUUGUCUAUCACAUCAGUUUUUUUAGAUAUCAAAUAUUUCAUUUUCAAUAAAAACUGCAAAAGAAAAAUAUUAAAUAAAUGUGGAUAUCUACAUAAAAUGAUUUUAUAAACACACUAUCCUAAAAAUACAUCACCAUAUUUUAACACUAAAGCAGUCACUGACUCGCAACAACUUGCAAUCAUAAGUGACGGAGUUAAUUUCGGGUAAAAUCAAUGAAAAUGGGGUAUGCCGAUAGCAUAAAAAUGAGAUGUCAUAGAGCAAAUCUGAGAUCAGAUUUGGAAUCAGCACCCUGAAAUUAGUCUAAAACAGCUGCAAAAGUCCAGGCCAAAUUUUUUUUUGUUAACCAGUAUUAUCGCGUUCCGGAUGAACUUGUGGAUAGAUGAAUCUUUUUAAAUGAUGUUAUCUCCAUGCACCGCUUACGAAGAGGUGUCACCAUCUUACAACGUUUGCGAGAAAGGUUUCUCAUCAUCUUGGGCCGAUGUGAACCGCUUUGCUCGCGUUCUUACUGUGUUCAGUAUUUUGUACAUAUUUUUUUUUAUUCUUUAAUUUGUCGAUUGAGCUAAUAAUUUUACUACGUUCUUGACCAAAACUGAGAGUUAGCCUAUCAAGGGCCGGAGCAAGCAUCGGCACCAUCGAAAGUAGCUCAUCCACCGUUCGUAGGCACCCGUUUAUAUGUUUUUGUAAUUGAAAGAGCGCAUUCACUUGAUAGCCACGCCCUUUACAAGUGGUUGCCACGGACUUCACUGCGUGUUGGUCCCCACGUGAAAGGAAAUUGGAAGGAGCGAUGGCAUUGUGAUAUAUGAUGAUGGGUUUUCCCCUUUUUUGGCAACAAAACAGCUGUGUUAAGAUGUUAAAACACCAAACUGAAACCUUUUUCGAGGAAUCAUGUCUGCAUUAACCACAAUGCUUGUGGCCAGAAUGCAAACAAAAAAAAACAAAAAAUACUCUGAUAAUAUAUGCAUUGUCCUUGCAUAUGUUAUCAGAGUAUUUUUUUGGGUUUGCAUUCUGACCACAAGCAUUGUGGUCCCUUGUAAAAGGUUUCAGUUUGGUGUUUUAACAUCUCAACACCUGUUUUGUUGCCAAAAAAAAUGGGACAAACCUAUUAUCAUAUGUUGGUACUGGCAAAGUAGAUGCCAUGAUUGUGAUAUAUGUCAGCUGCUUCGCCUGCCGAGUGAAAAAUCAGCUCCGGGUCUCGUGGAGCGAGUUCGAUUCCAGCUCACGGCCCACACCGCUGGCGAUUCAUCUGAACCGGCGCUGCGCCUCUCCCGCCUAGGUCGACUCAGCCUCGAGUGAGCGCCAUGGUGCGGGUGCGUCAUUGUCACCCGCUUGGGAAGACGAAGGCUGUCCCUGGUCCGUCGGCACGUGACUUGUGUACGAAUCCCUCUGUUCGCGCCACCGUCGGCAGGAGGACCCCCCCCCCCCUCCCUCUCUCCCUCUCUCGAGUGAGGGCCUCUUCUGCCGACAGUGCCGCGAGAAAGGCGAUUGCAGGGCUGCUGUGCACCCUUACCAAGAGAGAUUCUCCCAAGAGGGUGUUUUUGGACUACUCUUCUUCCACGCUGGUCAGACAACCUCGGAAGCUUUAGGUUUGUAUGAUGUUUAAGUUAUACUCUUUGGUUCUUUCGGUAAAGUCACGUUGGUGACUUUACCGAAAGCAGACCGUGCUUUCCCACCUGAUUACGGACGCUUGUGUUGCGGCCAACGUCGUGAUUUAUUUUAUUUUCUACCUUCGUGACUUUACCGAAAGAACCAAAGAGUACGGGAUUCCUGCAGUCACGAAAGCUUCAAAUCGAUGUUUAAGUUAGUUACGUGAAUUGAGCUGCAAACAUUGCAAUUUUAUCUCCGGCGUGUUCAACGUUUAUACAUCUUGUUCAUAAAAUAAAUUGUAAGAUUGCAACAAAAACCAAAGACAAUUGUAGAAAUGAAUGUUGACUUGACCUACGGAAGUCGUGUGCGUACAACUGUGGCGACGACUGUUGGCGGUUCUCAGGACAACACACCCAACGAAGAUCGAUCAGCAACACGCUCCCCUGUGAAACUCUCAUCCCAGAUUGGCAAGGGCUUGGGCAGGCCUUCAGUGGAUCAAUCAGAGCUGCUGCUGAUGAUGAUGAUGACAACGACUAUGAUUGAUUAUUGAGUGGCUUCGUGAACAAUAUGACACCAUCCACGCGGGUUACCUCGCCUGGUAUGCAGGCGAUAGUGGGUUCGAUUCCGAGCAUGACGCCUGCUGCUGCCUAUUUGGAGUUUGCGUUCUCUCUCUCUCUCCCCGUGGUCGCGUGGAUAUUUUUCCGGGCCCUCCGGUUUUCCCCUCCACAUUUAGAAUCAACAUCGUGCUUUUAAGAGCAUUUGGCUGCUAUGAAUUUCCACACGAUGAUAAGCCACUUACUAAUCAUUUGUGAUAGCGAGGCCACCUCUGAAAAAGAGCUAUAAAGUAGCUCAGUGGACGUUACUGCCUGGUAGAAUAAAAAAAAACCGGUUUAAUAGUCGAUUUAAAGUGAGUCCACCAGUCUGAGUUCCAGGGGCAUCUCUUGGGGAUUUCACAGCCACAGCGUUGGUCUCGCAGCACCGCCACCAACACCGCUAUGAUGCCCGCGGGGGUUUUUUUUGUUCUUUUGUUUUGUGGUCAGGGCCACAGGCCACUUACCGCAUAGCCGGAAACCUCUCGUUCUCACAGCCCCCCCCCCCCCGCGCCUGCCCUGCGCUGGUGGCCAGGUGGUCCGACAACGCGGGAGAGUACCAACACGCCGCUGCAAGGUUACAAGGCGUCGCGCGCUCUUC